AUGACAAUUGUAACACUGAUCUUUGCUGCCAGCGCGCUGGCCUAUUAUGCGCUUCGCGCAUUAUUGAAUGUCCGCAACCGAGCGAACAAGACAGCGAGCCAUCUCACCCACGACGAGCUGCCUACAUACCCUCACCUCGAACCGUUUUGGGGACUCGACUUGUACCUGUCCAUGUGGAGGGAUUUCACCUGCGGCCGUCUGGCCGAGGGUAUGCGCAUGCGCCACAUGCGCCACGGCCCAACCUUUCGGGCGCGCGAGCUCCUUGGCGGCGAGUGCAUCUACACGAUUGACCCAGAAAACAUUCGCGCCGUGACGACGAGCCAGUUUGCGCAGUUUCGAAAGGCGGCCUGGGUGGGCGAGGCGUCGAAGCAUAUUGGUCGCGGCGUGCUGAUGAACGAAGGGGAAGCGUGGCGCCGGUCGAGGGCGCUGCUCAAGCCCGUGUUUGCAAAGACGACGCUGGAUGAGCUGGCGCUUGUGGAGCCGCAUGUCAAAGCAAUGAUUGCGGUUAUUCGAGACGGGCAGCAAGGGGGCUCUGGGCGUGCGUUUGACUUUUCGGAGCUGGCUAGACGGUUUUCGCUCGAUGUGGUGACGGAGUUUUUGUUUGAUGGCUCCGUCGAGAGCCUCUGCAGCAGCGGCAACAACAACAGCAGUACCGACGGCGCCGACUUUUUAUGCCUGGUCAAGGCCUUUGAACCGGCGUGCGGGCUCUUCAUCGCCGUCGGAGCGCUCGCAUGGCUCAAACUGGCGUUUUCUUACCGGAAGCUGCUGGCUGUCGUUGGCGGCAUGAAGGCGUUUUUCAAGAAGCGCCUGGAUCUGCUGCGCGAGAAACAGCAGCAGCAGCAGCAGCAGUGGUAUCGUCCCGGCGGCGACGGCUCGAGCAGCAGCAGGAGUAGCAGCACCUCGCUCUUUCGCAUGCUCGAGAAAGAGGGCCUCUCAGUCGACGACAUGCAGGCGGAGCUGCAAAACAUCUUCUUUGCCAGCUUCGACACCACCACGGCGUUACUUGCCAACCUCGUGCGCAUUCUUGCGGAGCGCCCAGAUGUCCAGGAGAAGCUCCGGGGUGAGAUGGCGCACCUGAACGGCAGACCGCCUACAAGACAAGACAUUUCUGCCAUGCCGUAUCUGCGUAGUGUCUUGUACGAAGGUCUCCGUCUUUACACACCCGUCGCCUCUCACUCGCGACAAGCCGCCGUCGACACGACGCUUCCCCGCGGCGGCGGCCCCGACGGCCAGUCGCCCGUGGUCGUCCGCGCCGGCACGACCAUUGUCUGGAGCGUCUACGCGCUGAACCGCAACCCGGCGCACUAUGGCGACGACUGGGCCGCGUUCGGACCAGAGCGCUGGUGCGAGGGGGUGGCAUCAUCAUCUGCGCACGCCGCGUACUUUAUGCCGUUUGGAUCGGGCCCGCGGUCGUGCAUUGGCCAGCAGAUGGCGCAGACGGAGAUUUCGUACGUGCUGGUGCGGCUGCUGCAGGCUUUUGGCACGCUCGAGAGCAGAGACGACCGUCCGUUUUGCGAGGCAGAGGCCGUGUCGUUUUAUAAUGCGCAUGGAACAAUGGUGGAAAUGUCGUGA